GGGGGAUAUAAAGGCGUGCUGUCCUCUUUGUUUUUUAUAUAGUGCUAUACCAUUAUACCCAUUCACAUACACAUACCUAUACACACACAUACAUACACACACGCACAAACUCAGCGAAUACAUACCUCUCACGAUAACUACGACGGAAAUAACAUACUCCGCGAUUCAUACCAAGAACGAGAUGGCUGACGCAACACCCGCUGUCGCUGCGCCGGUGGAGGCACAGACUGAGGGCGCUGAGCACACCUACAAGUUCAACGUGAGCAUGUCGUGUGGUGGAUGCUCUGGAGCUGUGAACCGCGUGCUGGGGAAGCUGGAUGGCGUAAAAUCCUACGACGUCUCCCUUGACACCCAAACCGCAACCGUCAUCGCCUCCCCCACCCUCGAGUACGACACCGUCCUCCGCACAAUCGCCAAGACAGGCAAGAAGGUCAACAGCGGCGAGGCAGACGGCGAGAGCAGGAGCGUCGAGGUCGUUGCUUAGAUUUGCGCGACUGGGGAUAAACGAGAAAAGGGGGGGAUCUAGGCGUUUUGUUUUUUUGGCGAUGUCUCGGGAUCUGAAGUGGGAUUUUGGGGAUUCGAGGAUUGGAUGGAGGAGGGGGGUGGAUGAGAAAACCAUACUUUGCUUCUGCCUAUAUGCGUUACUUGAAAUUGUGCGUGCCGUCUCUUGAGUGCUGUGCUGUAAACAUUAUGUAUGUCCAGGACUGAUAGAUUAGAGAAUGCGCUGCUCAAAUCUGAGG